AUGGGUCACCGUGUGCCACGGUAUUCAAGCUUACUCUGGGGAGUUUGCAUACCAAGUUCCUGCAGCAGCCACGACCUUGAAGAGGAGAUGUCAAGGAAACUUUCUAGUCUCGACAUAUCAGUGAGAGUUCACAACACAAUGUGCACAGUCAAGGAUUUCCACAGGCCCUAUUCUCUUGGAAAAACGCUUUCGAUAUCAUUCUUCCUCGCAAUCAUCCUGCUACUGAGCUUGGGGACGAUAUUAGACGACGGGAAAGAGGGCGUGACCAAUUUCGAGAAGCUUCUGAACGCUUUUUCUCUGAAACGUAAUUUGAGAAAAGUGUUUGACCUGUCCGACGCCCCUUCAAGGGUGAAAGGAGUGGAUGCAUUCAGGGGGAUAAACGCUUUCGCCCUGCUACUAGCUCAUAAGUCGAUGGCGAUGGCGCACAACCCCUACGUAAAUAAGACCAGCUUUUCGGCGGUGUUCGGCAUGCCGUGGGCAGUAAUAGGCCGCUCUGCUAUUGUCUACACGGACAGUUUUCUGUAUCUAAGCGGUUUCUUGAAUGCGCACAACCUCCUUCAAGAGUUGGAAAGCAAAGGCACCAUUGACAUGAAGAAAAGAUUGCUUGCAAGGUGGUUCAGAUUGUUCCCGCUUUUCCUGAGCCUCAUGCUGUUCUGUACUUACAUCCUUCCGGACAUUAACAACGGUCCCCAGUGGAACCUAGUCGUUGAGGAGCACAGCAGAGUCUGCGAAAAGAACAUGUGGAGGAGCUUCCUGUUCAUUCAUAAUUACUUCGGAUUCGAGGAAAUGUGCCUCACUCAUACGCAUCAAAUCGGGAUGGAUGUGCAGCUGUACGUGGCCACCUUACCCCUUAUGCUCUUCCUGUGGAAAUUCAGAGCGUUGGGUUGGCUCCUGGUAGUCACAAUCGCCGUCGGCUCGACCGUCCUCAGAUACCUGGCCAUACAUUGGUACGACAUCAGCAUGUUCGUGUACUACGGCAUUUCUGUUCAAAAAUUGCUGGACGCAGCCAGGUACUCUUACAUUUUACCGACCCAUCGUGCCACAAUAUACCUCAUCGGAGUCGUAAUGGCCUACAUCAUAAGAUCGAAGAAAUUGGACUUCAAGCUCAGUGAUACACAAGUUCGGCUACUAUGGGCUUCUUGCUUCGGUCUUGCUGCUUUCACAAUAGCAAGCCCCUACCAAAUGGGACUCGAAGGGUACCAGUAUGAGCACUUCCCGGCGGCGCUGUUCGCAGCAUUUUCGCCAGUUAUGUGGGGACUGUCCAUGUGCAUUGCGCACUGGGCUAUUUGCAAUGACUAUGCAGGCGUCGGGGCGGCGUUCGUGGAUUCGAGGGCGUUCAAAUUCUUCAACAAGAUAGCGUACGGAGUCUACCUGACUCAAUUCCCGAUAUUCUUCUACAACGUCGGCGUUCAGAGGCACGCCGAGUUUUACACACCUCUAUUACUCAUGCACGCACCGGAGAUGCUGGUCGUCCUGGUGGUCUCUAUUGUAGCGACGGUGACCAUUGAGAUGCCAUUCAAUCAAGUCUAUAGGAUAUAUUUCGGUAAAUCACAGACAAAAUUAAAGGACAAA